CCUCUACGUUUAAUAGUAUCCCCCAUCAUCAUGUCAAUUAAAAAUCCACAUGGAAAGCCAACUGGAAACUAAUGUCUUCUUCUUCCUAAAACCUCCAUAUAUGUAAUAUCUAGGGUUUAGUUAAAAAAUUAAAAUUUUCUGCUCUCUUCUCUCCUCCUCUAUCUUGCUUUUGGUUCCUGUAAAAUGUCGCAAGGAAGUUCUUCGUCUCAUAUUAUAUGUCACUGUGAUAUGAUAGCCAGCCGAAUAAGUUCCACAACUAUUUCUAAUCCUAGAUGAAAGUUCUAUAAAUUUCCUAAGCCUAAGAUUUAUUCAUGUGGGGUAUUGGGAGUGGGAAGAUGAAGUUUCCCCAAAUUCACUUAUAUAUGCAAUUCGAGAAUUGGGUGUUGUUAAGUGUAGACAUUGAGAAAUCGAAGCAAAAAGUAGCUGCCAUGGAGGUUACAAACAAUUCUCAAGUGGUUAAAGUUUCAACCUUGGAAGAAAAGACUUGCGUUUUGUGGGUUAACAAUCGCACUUCAGGAUGGCAAAAAACCGUGGCGAAAGUCUUCAAAAAUGUCUAUGGUAUCAGAAAUUGUAGAAUGAAUGGAGAUGGGAUGAUUGAAGUGUCAGGAAAUAUGGAUCCAAAAGUACUACUAAAAAGGCUAGGAAAAGCAGAGUUAUGUUGGUUUCAAUUUGGAGAAUGUUCAAGUAAUCUUUUUAUUACCCAAUCUGAUUACUAUAGACAAGGAUACUAUUAUGGAGGACAAUUAGAUUUAGAUGGUAGGUUUCUUCAUUAUAGAGAUCAGUUUAAUCCUCAAUUAAGACGACGUUCAAAUAAAAAUUACCAUGACAAUUAUUAUUAUUAUGAUACUGAAUAUGAAUGCACUGUGGCGGCACAAGCACGGGAACGACGUCGUCGGACUUUGAUGGCGUCAAUAGCCGAUAACGGCGUCUCCUCUUGCUGUUUGAUGUAAUAUAGGAGUAGUAUAUUUUAUGUCUCCUCAGUAAAAAAUUAUUUAUUACUGAGCGUACAGUCAUGAAUGAACGCAUGUAUAUAUUAUAUGGUUUUUAUUUGA